AUGUCCUCUCCCGCCCCUGUCCCGUCGAAGGCAGCGAUCCAUGCACUUCGAGGUCUUCUCUUCGGAACAUCAUGCUCUCUUGUGCUACUAGCCGAGGAACGCCGCCAGCGCAUAAAGCUUGCUCGAUCCGCGGUUGAAAAUGGCAGGAGAUUGAAGUCUCUCAAACGAUACAGCUCCAGCGGGGUCGCUGCCCUCGAGGCCCUUCAGGAAGAAGUCGCCAACGAUCCUAACUUCAUCGGCUGGUCAGCCCGACCGCGAAAUCACUUUUCUUCCUACGAACAUGGCAAGCUGUCAUUUGAUAGCUCGUACUUAGAUCACCAUGUCAACGAUGUCGGUCCUGAUGCACGACGGCCAACGAGAGCAGCGAACGAGCGGAUCGCCCUACGAACAUCCUCAGAACAACCAGCAGCACCAGAUCAACGCGGACGAUCCGCUUUCGAUGCCGCGAAGAGAUGCAGCAAUGAUCCUUCGUGGUCCAGGUUUCCGUCCUCGGCUUCCGCGACACAGGCCGUGCCCAACAACCAGGGUAUUCAAAGGUCGAUAGAGAGUCGCACGAACACGCGACUCAUGGAAAAGACCGUCAUCGCCGCGGUGGUGGAGCGCGUAGUAAGGGAGCACCCUCAUGAUAGAGGACUUGCAAGGCUUCAAGACUCUUUACUCAACCCGACACAACAGCAACAACGCGAUCUUCACGCCCCAAUCACUUCUCUGAACCUUGUCCGCAGAGCGUACAAAUCUGUCGACAAGUCGCAAGAGCUACCCGGUUGGGUGUCAGACUUGUCCUCGCUGCUAUCAGCCGCCUGCCAGCAGGAGGGCAAUUUUGAAUUUGCUGGACAGAUAAUGGAGCUCGCGGUCAAUCAUGGGGUCAUCAAAGAAGGCAGCAUCCUGGCUCAGCGUCUCCUUGAGGUUGUUGAAUCAUUGGUAGCUCAGGAGAAUUUGCAAGGACUCGCUGGCAAACAGCUCUCAGAUCGGUUAUAUCUCGCAGCAAGACUGUACAUGGGUAAUGUCGAACUUUUGCCACCAGAGCAGUCGACGCUACGGUUUGACUAUGUCCGAGUCGGCAAAGAGCUUAUCGGCCGUGCUCUGGAGGCAAAAUGUUCGGUCGACGUUAUCCAACUCAUUCGACAAGUCUCCGCUCGAAACCAGGACAAGCUUGGAACUACGGUCUGGUUCAUGCUGCAACUCGCGGGACAUGGCCAACAUAUUCUGGCCAUCGAUGCGUUCCUUGAGAUAUUUGCAAAACUCGACCAUACCUCUGCGUAUUCCAAGCGAAUAUGCGCCGACAUUGUUGAGUCGAUCAUCGCUUCUCGAGGUUACCAGUGUCGCGAGGUUCUCCAGAGAAUCAACCAGCUCAGGGACCGAGACGGCUGGGAUAUGCCAAGGUUGUGGCUGAGAGAUCUACUGUGGGUUUACUGGAAUUCAACCUGCAACUUUGCGGACACUCUUCAAAUCUUCAAUGACGCGCGGGAAACCGAUUUUUACGGAAUCCAAAAUACAUACGAUGUCCAAUCCAGGAUGGUGCGGAUCUGCAUCGAAGCCAACCAAACCGAAAGGGCACGGCUGCAAUUGGACACACUCAUUGCGAAGUAUCCAAGGGCCCGACAAGACGUUGAAAUCCUCGGCGAGUUCGUUUUGCAGAAGGCCGACAACGGGGACUGGGCCGGAGUCCGCGCCGAUUUCGAGACCAUGAAGCCGAUGCAGUCUGUUUCCAAGCAUAACCGAGAGCACUUCAAGCGUGUUUUCGUAGCAACACUGGAAACGUACGCAAAGACUCACACGUGGGGCGAGGUGGAAACGUUUCUCGAGACAUACAUCCCAGAGCUCGGUUUGAGCCUUGAUCGCCAUCUGGUUACAUUCAUCGCAGACAGACACGCAAAGUGCCGUGAUGUACAGGCGCUCAAGCGAUGGCUGACCUUCUGCAAGGAUGCCGGGUACACAACAGACGGCAGUUUCUGGACCUCCAUGUUGACCAGUUGCAAGCGAGACUGGAAAUAUGACAGCCAGCAGAUACUGGAUCUCUAUCGUGCUAUGAAGGGCGCCAGCUUCGAUGCUGCCUUCCCCGACAUUGAGCAGUGCGUGAAGAACCUCACAUUGACCAACACGGUCGAGCGGUCAAAACGAGUCCGAGUGACGGCUUAUAUGGUCAGCCCUGCCAACGAGGCAUCGGCUUUUGAGCGCAUGAAGGUCGAAGCCCAGCUCGGCAACUGGAGGCGCGUGCUAGCCGUCUAUAAGCGCGCUGUGCACAACGGCAUGGGGCAUACGAGUCGGUGUCUUAAACUAGCCGUCAGAGCGACGGUCCAUUUCGAAGGCUCCAGGAGUAGGCAAGCCAUGUCGCUGCUAAGCAAGGCACAGGCCGAAGGCUGCGACGUCAGCGAAGCCAUGUGCCCGAUCGUCUUCACACAACUUGAGGAGAUCGAAAAGGCCCAUAAAGUAACUGCCGCGGGCCGCGAGGACGGCAGAGGCCGGCCCUUUCCCUACAUCAAGGCUAUCUUCGACGACCUGCGAGGCAGGCAGCUGCAAAUCGACGACGGCCUGUUCAACCGCGCGGCCCGGGUCUGCCAGGCCCUGCGCAAUUACCGGGAGAUGGUCACCUUCUGCAUCAUUGCCGCCGAGGUCAACGGCCACAACGACCUCUGCUACAGCGUCUACAACUUUGCCAACCUACUGACCGCUUACGUCCUCCGCCACGAGUACGACAAGGUGCGCUGGCUGCUCACCGAGCUCAAGGACCGCGAGUACCGCACCUCGAGGGAGUGUCGGCGCGCCCUGCACUGGGCGCUCAACUACCUUAAGCAGAGCUCGAGGGCCACCAAGUCGGAGGAGCUCAGGAAGUCGGACCUGGAGAUCAUGGCCCUUGUCCACGAGGCCCGCACGGCCGUCGGCGACGAGAACCGUGACCAGAAGACGGAGGCGCGUGAGGUGCUCCUCAACGCCAUCUCUCGGGGCGGCGUCAAGCCCAACCGCGCGGGCAAGGCCGCGAGUCUCGCGCCGGCUCCCAAGGUAGAGGAACAGGCGUGGGACGCGACGAGCGAGGGAGAAGAGGACGACGUGCCUCCUUCGCCCCCAGUUAAAAUUGUCAGGCGCUCGGGAGUACAUGUGGGGAAGAACACCAAGGAGACCGACACGGCACUGAGAGGGUCCCAGCCGGCCAAAGGAGCAUGGUCAUGGAGCUCGACCACUGUUAGAUAA